GUUAUGCAAUAUCAGUGGUGUGUCCAUUUUUUAGUCCAAACACAUGUCAACCUGUUGUUAUAAAGCAAUAAAUGGUGUAAAAGAAAAGAAUAAAAUCCUUAUAGGAUUAAAGUGUUAAUAUAGUGUGUUUUUUCUACAUUUUGCAGGUAUUUGAAUGUCAUGCCAGUGCACUGGUUUUGUUUAAAAAGACAGUAAUAUUAAGUGAUCUCUUAAAGGGAUAGUUCACCUUAAAAUGAAAAUUCUGUCAUCAUUUACUCAUCCUCUUGUUGUUGUUAACCUGUAUGAAUUUCUUUUUUCUGAUGAACACACAAGAUAUUUUGAGAAAUGAUAGUAAACAAACAGCGAUAAGUGACCAUUGACUUCCAUAGUAGGAAUAAAAGAAUAUGAUGGAAUUUAAUGGGUAGCUUUAACUGUGUGCUUGCCAUCGUUUAUCAAAACAUUUUCUUCAUCAUUUAGCAUAAUACUUCCAAAAUAUUUUUUUCCUACUAUGGAAGUCUGAUAUUUCUUUUGCAAGGACUUCUGGGUUGGUAGAGUGCGCGAAGCCUGCUGGAGAGGAAGCAGCCUUGUCUUCCUUUGGAAACUUUCAGAGAAAACAAAGGGAAUCGGGAGCUUAUUUAAUUUACUACAGACCCGUAAGACAGAGACUGAAGAGGGAAACGAAGAAGAACCGGGUCUGUUCUGUUCCAUAACUACAGAACCAACCACUGUACUGGUGCGGUGGUGGCAGAGGGGGUCCGAUUUUGAUUGGUCCUGUACAAAGCCAACAUGGACAUUUUUCUGACCUCAUUUGGACUGAUCCUCGUGUGUGUUCAAUGCUCAGCUCAAAAUCUCUCUCCGACAGGGAAAAAUGUCUGCUUCAAUUCCAGAGACUCUUCUCCAACAUGUUGUUCUGGAUGGAGCCAGCAGGGUGAUGAAUGUACAGUGCCACUCUGUGAGGAAGAAAGAGCUUGUCUACAGGAUGAAGUGUGUGUUUACCCUGGAUUCUGCAGGUGCAAACCUGGAUAUUUUGGGUACCAGUGCACAACUCGGUGUCCUCCGGAGUUUUGGGGGCCAGAUUGUCGUGAGCUAUGUCCUUGUCACCCUCAUGGGUCGUGUGACCCAGUAACAGGCGAAUGCUCGUGCUUCUCCAACCGCUGGGGCAACCUGUGCCAAAACAGCUGCAAAUGUGGACCUCAUGGUAAAUGUGACCCAGUCUACGGCAACUGCACCUGCGACGAGGGGUGGUGGACCUCCACAUGUACCAAACCCUGUCGGUGCCACCCCGGCACAUCCACCUGCGACCAAGCCACAGGCCGCUGUCUGUGUAAUGACAACCUCUCCUGGGGCCAAAUGUGCAGUUUGCGCUGCAAUUGUUUCGCGUCUCAUUGCGAGCAGCACACUGGGAAAUGUCAGUGCAUCAAUGGUUGGUGGGGUCCAACCUGUGACCGCCGUUGCAACUGUGAUCUCCGCCAUGCCGACUGCUUUCCGUCGGAUGGCACCUGUUUGUGCCACCCUGGUUAUAAAAGUCCUUACUGCAACAUACCCUGCAGUGAUGGAAAAUAUGGUAGAGGUUGUGAGAAGAGCUGUGGACACUGUGAGGGUGGCAGACCUUGUACUAAACAAGACGGCCUCUGUGAUGCCUGUGAACCAGGAUGGAAUGGCACUCGCUGUGACCAGCGCUGUCCUGAAGGUUACUACGGUCAUCGUUGCCAGGACUUAUGCCCACAAUGCAGAAACAAAGAACCAUGUGACCCAGAAACUGGAGAAUGCUUAUCCUGUGACCCUGGUUGGACUGGACCAAGCUGUAACAACACGUGCCCUCUUAACUCAUAUGGUGUCAACUGUUCUUCCGUAUGCGACUGUGGGAAUCUCGGCUGCCAUCCCACCACAGGGGCUUGCCCAAACAGUAGCAGGGCAGGUCUCUUGGCAGAUGCUUUACAGAACCAACCACUGUACUGGUGCGGUGGUGGCAGAGGGGGUCCGAUUUUGGUUGGUCCUGUACCUCCCUUGAUACGAGACAGGGGGAUGGACAUUUUUCUGACUUCCUUCGGACUAAUCCUCGUGUGUGUUCAAUGCUUAACUCAAAAUCUCUCUCCGACAGGGAAAAAUGUCUGCUUCAAUUCCAGAGACUCUUCUCCAACAUGUUGUUCUGGAUGGAGCCAGCAGGGUGAUGAAUGUACAGUGCCACUCUGUGAGGGAGAAAGAGCUUGUCUACAGGAUGAAGUGUGUGUUUAUCCUGGAUUCUGCAGGUGCAAACCUGGAUAUUUUGGGUACCAGUGCACAACUCCGUGUCCUCCUCCAUUUUGGGGGCCAGAUUGUCGUGAGCUAUGUCCUUGUCACCCUCAUGGGUCGUGUGACCCAGUAACAGGCGAAUGCUCGUGCUUCUCCAACCGCUGGGGCAACCUGUGCCAAUACAGCUGCAAAUGUGGACGUCAUGGAAAAUGUGACCAAGUCUACGGCAACUGCACCUGCGAGGAGGGGUGGUGGACGUCCACAUGUACCAAACCCUGUCAGUGCCACCCCGGCACAUCCACCUGCGACCAAGCCACAGGCCGCUGUCUGUGUAACGAUUUCUACUGGGGCCAAAAGUGCAGUUUGCGCUGCAAUUGUUUCGACUCUCCUUGCCAGCAGCACAAUGGGGAAUGUCAGUGCAUCAAUGGUUGGUGGGGUCCAACCUGUGACCGCCGUUGCAACUGUGAUCUCCGCCAUGCCGACUGCCUCCCGUCGGAUGGCACCUGUUUGUGCCACCCUGGUUAUAAAAGUCCUUACUGCAACAUACCCUGCAGUGAUGGAAAAUAUGGUAGAGGUUGUGAGAAGAGCUGUGGACGCUGUGAGGGUGGCAGGCCUUGUACUAAACAAGACGGCCUCUGUGAUGCCUGUAAACCAGGAUGGAAUGGCACUCGCUGUGACCAGCGCUGUCCUGAAGGUUACUACGGUCAUCGUUGCCAGGACAUAUGCCCACAAUGCAGAAACAAAGAACCAUGUGACCUGGAAACUGGAGAAUGCUUAUCCUGUGACCCUGGUUGGACUGGACCAAGAUGUGACAAACCCUGCCCAGAUGGCACUUACGGAGAUAAAUGUCUCUUCCUCUGUAAAACCUGCUUUCAGGGCCACUGUGAUCAUGUGACAGGAAAUUGCAUGUGUCUUCCUGGCUUCCAAGGGGAGAGCUGUAACAACACGUGCCCUCUUAACUCAUACGGUGUCAACUGUUCUUCCGUAUGCGACUGUGGGAAUUUCGCCUGCCAUCCCACCACAGGGGCUUGCCCAAACAGUAGCAGGGCAGGUCUCUUGGCAGGGCUUUUGAUUCCUCUGUUCAUUUUAAUAUUUGCCCUGUUGUUUUGUUGCUGCUGUUGUGGACGGUCAGUUGAAGGAAAGGAAAGCGUGGCGGUUGGGGAUGGAGGUCCCGCAGUCCGCAUGAAGCAUCACGUGUACACUGUGCUGGCCAACGUGGGUUCAGCCAUUCCAUGUAUCUCCAUGUGGUCAUCUGGUCUACCUAGGAUUACAGUGUCUCAUCAUGAUCCCGAGCUUACCUUCAACCACAGCUUUAUUGAUCAGCCAUCGUCCGGUUGGGUGACUGAUUCAUUUGAAACUGACGAUGAAGGAGAGGCCAUCUACUGUGAACCUCCUCGAGAAGAUGUCGUAACUGUGGCCGGCGGCGAGCUCCAGGAGCUGAACUCCAAGUGCAACUUCUUCCUUGACCCAUCAAACUUCAGCUCUGAGGACAUGUCACAGGACUUUGGUAUCCCACGUACCUCCAGCAUAGCCAAAUCCAAGCGCCCUUCGGUCUCCUUCGCGGAAGGGACAAAGUUCAGCCCUAAAGAGCGCCGCAGCUCCACCCAGGAUCUGUCCGGUUCUGGAAGAAAAUCCAAAUCUUGGGGUGUGCUCAUGCUUUCAGCUCUGCAAGGAGGUCAAGGGAACCAUACUGAGGUAGAGGCCGAAAAGACAGAGGAUAAAUCUGACACGAAUAUCUCCUCUGAGGAGCAAGGUGCUACCACUGAGACAUCAGAAGCCGACACCACAAGGUACAGUUCUGGUCCCUCAAGGACUCACCUCAGUGUUCCUUGUGGGAGGCGACGAACCCUUUCCACCGCAAGAAAAAACACCCAGCCGCAGAGCUCCUCCGAUGGGGGACAGGACACAGAUUCAGAAGCAGAAAAAUUGACAACUGUGUAUGUGACUGUAGGUAAGAUCGUUAAGCAAGAGCUCAGCUCCGAAGGCCCUGUGCAGGCAAUGCUGCGCAGACUGGGUAGUCUUCAGAGACAGAAAGAGGUGGGCGUCCAGCCCAAAGGCAGGGGGCAGGCGAUUACCAAGCCUCCAAGGAGAAAGCUGGGAGCACGGGCUAGCGCGUGGGAGCAAGCCACAGUGUCAGGCCAGACGGAGGUAGUUAUGAGAAAACCUAGUCGCAAGAAGCACAGCUCCCUCAGCUCUCCAUGUAUAGCGGGGGCAACAGACUCUCCUCAGGACAACAGCGCACCUAAGAGGCCACUGUCCUCUAUUUUGAAAAGUGUUCCUGAGAGUGGCGCGCAUAGAUCACUGAUGGAACAAGACACUGAAACAAAUGCUUCAGUAGAACAUGAAUAUGAGACCGUUGCUCCAUCAGAUGGGGUCUCCACCUCUACUGAGGUUAUUAUCAAUGAGACAGUUGUGGGUGAAGGAGAAAACGAACCUAAUUAUGAGAAUGUUUAUGUAAAACAUUGAUGUUUAUAUCAAAUCUUACUUGCAUUUUAAAUAUAUAUGAAUUAAAUGGAAAUAAUUUUAUUUAGGUUGUACGUAUGUUGGUUUUGGAAUUUUAUAAACAUAACUACACAUAAAUAGACAAACAUUG